AUGGCUUUGGUAGCAUACCGGAACCUCUUGCGCGCCGCGCGCAUAGCCUUUCAGGGCGACGCCCCCGUCCUGGCCGCCGCGCAGGACCAGAUCCGCCACGAGUUCCGCCAACGGUCGGCCCUCGACUCGUCGAGCUCCGACACGCAGGCCGCGCUGCAGCACGCCGACGAGGUGGCCAAGAUCCUGCGCGAAAACGUCGUCCAGGGCAAGAGGGCCGUCGACGAGGAAGCCACCUACAAGCUGCGGAUCCACGAGCACACCGAAAGGGGAGACAACGAGAGCAUAAAGAUGGGCAGCAUGGGCACGCUGGGCGGCGGCGGAGGAUGCGGCUGCAAAUGA